GCGGCGGCGGCGGCGGCGGCGCGGGAGGGAAGGGGCGCGCGGCAGGCCCACGGGGAGCCGCCCGGAGCGCACGGAGCCCGCGUGCCCUCCCGGACCGUCCCGGCCCCGGGGCCGUACCUGUGGGCGCCGGGAGCCCGGGCAGCGGCGCGCCGGGCCGGAGUGGCGGGUGGCUCCGGGACCCGGGAAGCGGGAGAACAAGCGGGAGCCCGACCGGGAUGAGAAGGUGACGCCGCCGGAGGGCGCCACUCGCUUUGUGGGGGGAAGAUGCUGGCCUACUGCGUGCAAGAUGCCACGGUGGUGGACGUGGAGAAGCGGAGGAACCCCUCCAAGCACUACGUAUACAUCAUCAAUGUGACCUGGUCCGACUCCACGUCCCAGACCAUCUACCGGAGGUACAGCAAGUUCUUUGACCUGCAGAUGCAGCUUUUGGAUAAGUUUCCCAUCGAAGGUGGCCAGAAGGACCCCAAGCAAAGAAUCAUCCCCUUCCUUCCAGGCAAAAUCCUCUUCCGGAGAAGCCACAUCCGGGACGUAGCUGUGAAGAGGCUGAAGCCAAUUGACGAAUACUGCCGGGCACUUGUUCGGCUGCCUCCCCACAUUUCACAGUGUGAUGAAGUCUUUCGGUUCUUUGAGGCCCGACCAGAGGAUGUCAAUCCCCCAAAAGAGGAUUAUGGCAGUUCCAAGAGAAAAUCAGUGUGGCUCUCCAGCUGGGCUGAGUCUCCCAGGAAGGACGUGACAGGUGCCGACACCAACGCCGAGCCCAUGAUCCUGGAACAGUACGUGGUGGUGUCCAACUAUAAGAAGCAGGAAAACUCGGAGCUGAGCCUCCAGGCCGGGGAGGUGGUGGAUGUCAUCGAGAAGAACGAGAGCGGCUGGUGGUUCGUGAGCACCUCUGAGGAGCAGGGCUGGGUCCCUGCCACCUACCUGGAGGCCCAGAAUGGUACUCGGGAUGACUCGGACAUCAACACGUCCAAGACUGGGGAAGUGUCCAAGAGACGCAAGGCCCAUCUGCGGCGUCUGGAUCGCCGGUGGACGCUGGGCGGGAUGGUCAACAGGCAGCACAGCCGAGAGGAGAAGUAUGUCACUGUGCAGCCUUACACCAGCCAAAGCAAGGACGAGAUUGGCUUUGAGAAGGGUGUCACUGUGGAAGUGAUCCGGAAGAAUCUGGAGGGCUGGUGGUACAUCAGGUACCUGGGCAAAGAGGGCUGGGCGCCAGCCUCUUACCUGAAGAAGGCCAAGGACGACCUGCCCGCACGCAAGAAAAACCUGGCAGGCCCAGUGGAGAUCAUCGGGAACAUCAUGGAGAUCAGCAACCUGCUGAACAAGAAGGCGUCGGGGGAUAAGGAGACUCCGCCGGCCGAAGGCGAGGGCCCUGAGGCCCCUAUCACCAAGAAGGAGAUCAGCCUGCCCAUCCUCUGUAAUGCUUCCAAUGGCAGUGCCCUGGGCGUCCCCGAGAGGAGCGUCUCCAAGCUGGCCCAGGGCUCACCAGCCGUGGCCAGGAUUGCCCCGCAGAGGGCCCAGAUCAGCUCCCCGAACCUAAGGACAAGGCCGCCACCUCGCAGAGAAUCCAGCCUGGGGUUCCAGCUGCCGAAGCCGCCAGAGCCCCCUUCUGUUGAGGUGGAGUAUUACACCAUUGCCGAAUUCCAGUCAUGUAUCUCUGAUGGCAUCAGCUUUCGGGGCGGACAGAAGGCGGAGGUCAUCGAUAAGAACUCAGGCGGAUGGUGGUACGUGCAGAUCGGUGAGAAGGAGGGCUGGGCCCCCGCAUCCUACAUCGAUAAGCGCAAGAAGCCCAACCUGAGCCGCCGGACCAGCACGCUGACCCGGCCCAAGGUACCCCCCCCUGCACCCCCCAGCAAGCCCAAGGAGGCUGAGGAGGGCCCUGCGGGCUCUGCGGAGAGCCAGGACUCCCCACUGAAGCUCAAGUACGAGGAACCCGAGUAUGACAUCCCCGCCUUCGGCUUCGACUCAGAGCCAGAGCUGAGCGAGGAGCCCACGGAGGACAGCGGCUCAGGAGACAGGCGGCCCAGCCAGGCCCACAGGCCCUCACCCGCCUCCUCGCUGCAGCGGGCCCGCUUUCGGGUGGGCGGCUCUUCAGAGGACGUGGCGCCAGAGGAGGAGACCAUCUAUGAGAACGAAGGCUUCCGGCCGUGUGCGGAGGACGCCCUGUCAGCCAGACGCUCCUCCCGGGACAGCCAGUCCCCGGGGGGCUCCCCUCUAUCCCUGGCCAGGAAAAACUCCCCCAGAUCGGGCUCCCCCAAGUCGUCCUCCCUCCUGAAGCUCAAGGCGGAGAAGAAUGCCCAGGCGGAACUAGGAAAGAACCACUCCUCGGCCUCCUCCUCCUCCAUCACCAUCAACACCACCUGUUCCUCCUCCUCCUCUUCCUCCUCCUUGUCCAAGAACAGCGGGGACCUGAAGCCCCGUUCCGCCUCGGACGCAGGCAUCCGUGGCACCCCCCCAGUCGGGCCAAAGCGGGAUGCCGACCUGAAAGCGGGGCUGACCUCGUGUGCCCGGGCCAAGCCGUCAGUCCGGCCCAAGCCGUUCCUGAACCGAGCAGAGUCCCAGAGUCAGGAGAAGAUGGACAUCAGCACUUUACGGCGUCAGCUGAGACCCACAGGCCAGCUCCGAGGUGGUCUCAAGGGCUCAAAGAGCGAGGAUUCAGAGCUGCCCCCCCAGACAGCCUUUGAAGGUUCCAGUGAGGGGUCCCGAAGAGGCUCUGCUGACCACAUUACCCCCCCAGCCGCCACACCCCCGUGUCCCACCAAAAAGGGACCAGAAGGGCAGGCCACCUCCUACACAACGUGUAGUGCCUACCAGAAAGUCCAGGACUCGGAGAUCAGCUUCCCCGCAGGCGUGGAGGUCCAGGUGCUCGAGAAGCUGGAAAGUGGCUGGUGGUACGUGAGGUUUGGAGAGCUGGAGGGCUGGGCUCCUUCCCACUAUCUGGUGCUCGGCGAGAACGAGCAACCCGACCCCGCUGGCAAAGAGCCAGACACGGUAAGCCCCAAAAACAAGCAGCACGAGGGCAAGUCCGACAGCCUGGAGAAGAUCGAGAAGCGGGUCCAAGCGUUGAACACCGUCAACCAGAACAAGAGGGCCACGCCGCCCAUCCCCUCCAAGCCCCCUGGGGGGUUCAGCAAGACCUCUGCUGCCAGCGCAGUGAAGCUGAGGAACGGUGUGCGGCAGGUGGCUGUGAGGCCUCAGUCGGUGUUCGUGUCCCCGCCCCCCAAGGACAACAACCUGUCCUGUGCCCUGCGGAGGAAUGAGUCGCUCACGGCCACCGACGGGCUCCGAGGCGUCCGCCGGAACUCCUCCUUCAGCACCGCUCGCUCGGCCGCCGCAGAGGCCAAGGGCCGCCUGCCCGAACGGGCUGCCAGCCAGGGCUCAGACACGCCCCUGCUGCCCGGCCAGCGCAACGGCAUCCCUGUGUCCCCCGUGCGCCCCAAGCCCAUCGAGAAGUCCCAGUUCAUCCACAACAACCUCAAAGACGUAUAUGUCUCCAUCGCGGACUAUGAGGGGGACGAGGAGACGGCGGGCUUCCAGGAGGGUGUGUCCAUGGAGGUCCUGGAGAGGAACCCCAACGGCUGGUGGUACUGCCAGAUCCUGGAUGGGGCAAAGCCCUUCAAAGGCUGGGUGCCCUCCAACUACCUGGAGAAAAAGAACUAAUGGUGGUGGGGGGGCAGGGGUCCAUCCAGCCUGGGUGUGGAUGAGUGGUGGGAUGAAGACAAAGGGGAAAGGGAGAGGGGGAGGGGGAGGGGGGAGGACGUUAAACCCUGCAGAAUUCGUGCGCUCUGCCGUGCUCCCUUCCGGGCUGUCCCCCGCUGGCUGGCAGGCAAGGUCUGGCAGGGACCCGCACGGAGCAGGGAAGCCAGCGGGCACAGGUGCACCAGGCCUGGGACCAGAAGCAAGAAAGCUGAACCCCGUGUGGGCACCUCAGUGACUUGGCCAACAGACCCGGCGGCAUUUGGGACAGGCCAGGUGGGAAACUCCAAUUGUGCCUUGGCUGCGGAUCUGGAGGGGGCCUCCAGGACCUGCCCCUGCCCCCCACCCCAGCCUGGUUUCUGUGGCUGGCACCUCGCCACUGGAGGUCGUCCUCAGAUCGUCCUAAACCUGUAUUAGUGAAUUAUGCUGGUUUCCCCGGGACUGCCGCCACCCACCUCGGGUGGCACUGGGGCUUGAAGGUGUCUCCUGGGAGCUCAGCCUGUUCCUGGGCCACGCCACCUGUCGGUGUAUGUCGGUUCCGCAGGUGCCAGCAAGGACCACCUUGCUUACCCAUCACUGUCCCUGGCCUUGAGAAGGGGGUCCACCCUGCCUGGGGCACCCCGUCCGUGUUGGACCAGCAGCCCCAGAGUUCCCAGAGAGGGUGGGCAAAGCCGUCAGUUUCUACACCGUCUGCACAGACUUUAUUUUGAGUGUUUCUGGGUGGGCAGUUCUUUUGCAUGUUUUGGGAGAGGUUUAUUGAUUUGGGGCUUCUAUGUCAGCCCUUGGGUUUUGGUCUUAUUUUAGGGGUUGUUCGGGGGCCCAAGGGCGGUCAGCCUUAUGGGGGACAGGAAGAGGAGCAGGUGUGGCUUUUCUGUUGUGCUCUUGCCGGGAGGUUGUUGGUUUUGUUUGCGUUUCACUUUCUCUCCCUUCACAAGCCAAAGUCCUUUCAUUUGGUUUCCACUGUUGCGGACAGAACCCCAGCAUGGCGCUUGCCGGAGGGCGUGGGCACAGAAGGCCCAGCUCCCUGACACGGCAGACGUGCCCCAGUGGGGGCAGAGCCCCGCCCCCCAGGAGAGGGGAGGGGGCGCAUGCAGGAGAGAAGGCAGCUUUCAAGCUGCUGGGUGAGCAUCCUUACCCAUCCGCAGCAUCCUUCUGCGUCCAUUCUCCCACCUGGGCAGGACCAAAACCCUUCCUUGUGAACUGUGGAGCAGCACCCAGCACCCCCACCGAGCGCUGAGGGCAGCCCCAACUGGGCGGCCGCUGCCAGCCACCCCCACACAUACACAGUGCCACAGGUACCCGAAAAGAUGGAGGACCCCCAGGCUGGGAGCCGACCCAGUCUCCCCAAGGGGCAGUGCCCCCUGUGAAAAGAGGAGAGAAUAAAGUCCCUGUCAACUGUGGGUUGUGUCUUUCAGUCGUUGACGUUUUGGAGGGGACCCUCUGGAAGCCUCAGCUUCCCUCAAGGACUCCCCCUUUGCUGGGAGUGGAAUUCCACACGUGCCUUUUGAUUGUGGACUGAUCGGGCUUCGCGGCCACCGGCUCAGCUGCCAGAGGCCCGGACAAAGGGUUGGUGUUCUCUACAAAGGAGGAAAGGCCCUCCCUCUCCCCCUGCUCCCCACCCAGGCAGUGUAUGUUGCCUGAAGGUCAGCACGGGACCCCGUGUUCCGUGCCUUCAGUAUCCUACCCAGCGCCCCCGCCCCCGGAAGCCUCGCCUGGGGACCUCCCCAGCGCUCCUCCCUCGCUGUACACCGACGCCUGGCAGCUACAGCAAACCGUGCCUGUUCUUUGUUGACGGGCCGUGGUGAGAUUUGGUUUCCUUUUGCUUUGUGAGUUUGUUUAAAAUUGAAAUUAGUUCUUUUCUUCUGCUGGACAGUAUUAAAUAGAGCAGGAUACUGAGUUAAUCUGCUAGGUUGCAGUACUAAUGGUAGUGGUUUAGUGUCUUCCUAUUAAUAUUAUUUGGACUUAUUUGAACAAUAAUGAUAAAGAAGUGGUUCAUUAUUUGUUAAUUAAUGCACUUUACUGAGGUGGAACGGGAAGGAACCCAGAGAGCAAAGUGCAUUCCUUAAAGAUGCAGUAUAUACUUUUCUCAUUUUUAAGCAGCACAUAUUUAUUAAAAGAAGAAGAAGUAAUUUAUGAUUAUUUAAAAUAAAAUUUAAAAGUAGAGUGACUAUUGGGUGAUAGGACCUUCCGCGUAGCCGUCUUCCGGGGGGAGGGCCCCCGCGGCCUGGCUCCUCCACCGUCUCCACUGAGCCAGUUCAGCCAGUCACGUGCCCGCCAGGCCAGGGGGAGGAGCAGGACGCAUCUGCCAAGCACAGAGCAUCUCAGUUGGGACUGGACCACAGUGUUCCCCAGAGCCUGCCCUUCCUCACUGCGCUGCCCUGUGGGGCUCUUCAGCACCCACGAGGCCCACAUCCUCUGAGCUCCCCUCUCUCUCCUCGAUCCCCAGUGCUCUAAGCGAUGGUCCUGAAAAGUGACCUUGACAGUCACUCCAUCCCAUUCCCUCCUGCUACUGCAGCCCAAGAACAGGAGAUUACUUUCCCGAAACCAUGGAGCUAGUUAAUGGCAGAGCACCCCACCGCAUCCAUCCUCGCCCUCCUUCCCAGGCCCGUUGUAGUUUAUCGUGUGGUCAGCAUGUUUACAUGGUGACAUCCAGCCCCCCUGAGGAUGGCUGGGAGCUGCUCUGUCAUCUAGGAGAAGUGGGGGAUGCUGCCACCUGGUGACAGCGUGUAGAUUUGGGGCAGUGGAAAGGGAUUGCCAUGCCCCAUCUUCACACCUCACUCCCCGCCCCACCAUCAUCCCCUGACUCACAACACAGGACAAAUCCUGCAAACCCAAAGAGAAUAUGAAUACUUGAAGCAAGAAGGGUGCAUGCCAGUCCCUCUCGGACACGGCCAGCGGGCGCCAGGCCUCGUGCCCCUGGACUCCCAGCCCCACCCAGGGCAAGAGGACCUUUCCCUGGAGCUACUGAGCUGCUUUGUGAUGUUGGAGGGUCCCACCAGCAGCAGGUGGAGGGAGGGAGGGGCCUGCGGCUCUGACCCAUCUGGAGGAAAACCAGAUCAGACUAAAAAAGGAAAAAGAAAAAUGAAAUCUCAGCAGUGUCCAAACCCAGUUUCCCAUUAGUUGUGAUUGAAAAUGUGAGAUGGCAUUGUAUUGCUGUAUACUGCAACUUUAAUCAUAAUGAGCCCUUCUGAGGUCAUUACUGAGCUUUAUAUAAUGCCUGAAGAUGCAGCGUUUGGUGCUUUUUCUUUCAGUUUAAAGUCCCUUUUCUUUCAUUAUAAGGGGGGGGAAAUGUCUUCAUCUCUCUCCCACUUUGAAGCAGCGGGCCUGGCCAGGGUCCCUGGCCCUGCCACAGCUGUUCCCACUGGGCCGGGGGUCUCCGGGGGUGGCAGGAGGGACUGGAAGGGGCAGCCCCAGAGGCGAGCGUGCUGUCUGCCCCUGGCUGUGGCUCGGCCCUCCACCCCUGGCCUGGCCCCAGAGGCUUCUCUUUCUUAACUCUCGAUUCUCCAUCUUGACGAAGGCAUUAUAUAGAAUCGUUUUAAUCACUUUCAGAUGUUAGAGCAGCAUAUUUUACUGGUAUUUAUAUCCGUCGCUUUCCUCAGCAAGGCAUGUUACUACUUCUGUCGUCUAAGGAAGAAAGACAAGGGAAUUUCGGUCGAGUGUUAUUUUCAUGUUACUAGUAUUUGCAGAGUAGGCGUAGAACUAUUUAAGUUUAGACCUUGGUUUGGUAGUUUAAGGAAAAAAAGAAAAAGAUAAAGUAGCCCCUACUUUUCCUAUUUUUUUUUUUUUUGUAUUUAACUAAUAUAUUACUUCUUUAAGGUUACUCACCUCCCCUACCCUUCCGAAUACUUUGCAUUCUCAACCAAAAAUGAAAACAAUCUGAGAGGCAGGAAAAGUGCAAUAUUACCGGGGGCUGCCAGGGCUUGUUGGGACGGUGGUGGGAGCUCAGUGGCCCGGCGUGUCCGUAGGAGGACGUGGGGCUGUGGAGCAGACAGGUGACCUUCUGGGUGUUGACCUCUUAACCCUCCUCUAUCCCCCCCGCACGAGUUGGCAGAGGGCAGCCCCUUUUUCUGUUGGGUGUUCUCCACCUAGGAGGGAUUCAGGGAUGUGGCUCGGGGCUCUUGACCUCCCGGGGCUCCGGCCCUUGGAGCAGAGCGAAGGACCCCAGGAACAGUUCCUAUUUUCAUUUCCAUUACUUUUCAGCCAGCCGCCCAGAAAGACCUGUCUUAAAAAUCACUCCCAGCAGCCCUGUCUCACCCCAGUCUUCUGAUGUGUGGGCCAUGAUACUUUUGAUGUAUGAGUCUUUUUAAAACUACGUAACCUCAGUUUGGUUUAUGGGCAGGAACCCUAGAUGUAACCAAAUCCUUUUUCGGGGAUGUGGGUGCCUUGAGCCCUACAGACCCCAGCGAGACACCGAUUCCCACAAGCCUGCGGCUAGGCCUGGUGCUAAGCUUGGGCCACCCAUUCAUCUCAAUGACUUCAGCCUGAGGAGGGAGCCCUGCCUCUUGCUUAACACCCUGACAGUUCUCAGAGGGCCUUAGGGAAGCAUCUGAGGGGCCUACUCAGGUCUUUGCGGACAGCUUACCCCAACAGCCACCAAGCCGGCCUCCUCCUCACUUGGCGCAGGUCGAGAAAGCAGCAGGAUGGGAAGUCUCUGGGUCCAAGCCCUUGGAGCUCUGCCCUUCAGGGCUCCAGGGACGUCCUUGCUGGCUUGUUCCCUCCAUCUCCAGUACUGUAUGCUUGCUGCUCCAACCCCUCGGUUUGGUGAAUUUCUGUACAAACGUGGAUCUGUGUGCCCAGAGGGGGGCCGUGCCCCCGUGUGUGGGUGUCUCUCCUUGGAGUAUAUACAUCUAUAUGUCCCAACUUUGAGAAUCUCAAUGCAGAGCUCUCUGGAAAGAGAAUCAUCCACAUUGCUAAAGAAUUGAAAUUCCCUCAUUUUUUUGAGGGCUGUGUGUUGAGAGAGAGAGAGAGAGAGUGUGUGUGUGUGUGUGUGUGUGUGUGUGUGUGUGUUGAUAAUUUCCCACUUGAACUAAAUAACAUGGGGUUAGAGAACAAAUACCGGGCAAGCUGUCUCCAUUUUAUAAGUCCUUGGCAUUGGGCAGGCCCCAUGGGACUCGCAGUUUCUGGCAGCAAGUGUGUUAUUAUUCACACAUAAUUUUGGCUGGAGAGUGCAAUGUGUCUUUUUUUUUUUUAAUUAUUUUAUUAUUUUGUUGGAAACUUCACACUGGCAUUAACAGAUCUAGCAGAAGCAGCCUAGGCCAUCAUCCCGGGCUCCAAAAUGAAGCUGUGGAAGAGAAGUCACUGGGUGUGGUUGCGCCGAGAUGGUUGAACCGGGUCACCACCUCCAGACGUGCUGUCCGGCAGGCUGAGCCCGUCCGCUGCCACCGUGCUUGUCAUCGCUGCGGGAGGCCCUCGGUUCCUGUUUCUGAGGGUGGUCAGGCUGCUGGGGGCGAGAACGUGCUCAAGGUGAGGUCAGUACACCAGACUGCACGGCCCAGCUGAGCACGUCAUGGGAGCGGUGUGGGGUGCUUUUUCCCUUGACCCAACGGAGCUUUUGGCCUAAAUCAUGAUCCCUAUUUGAGGAAGCCUCGGUGGUUCUCAAGUUCUGCAACCAGAGACAGUGACAGGAUGGGGCUACUGACCUACAGCCUUGUUUCAGGAAAAACAGCCUCAUUGAUUUUCGCUUCCCUCUUGUUUUGUCCUGCACACCUAGAUCCACAGCCAGAAGCUGGGCUCACUGGUGCUCGCAGACCAAGUAGAGGGCUCUACAUUCUAGGGCCUUGAUCCAAACCUGCCUGUGAGGUUGGGGUUAUCAUGCGAUCUCCUUUCCCCAAUCCUAUCUUUUUAAUCUUGGGUUUGCACUUGACCUUGACAAUCAGCCCCCCCUCCCAUCCCAGUCCUAGAACUUAGUGGCCUUAGAGAGUGGGUUUCUGAAGUGAAGGUUCCUCCUUUGUUCCCAGUUCCACCCUGGCUAAGGGCUGGACCUCAGGAGGCGAGAGGAAUGGGGAGAAAGCGUGUAAGAGAAUUGUUCGAAGGCAGAAGGAGGGCUUGAGCACGUUGGAGGCAAGCGAGAGUCACGUUGGAGUGAGGAGUGUGUGCAUGUUUGGACUGGCUGGGGCUUACCGUCCCUUCCUGGGAAGGUGGCUUCCAGAAGAGGAUGUCUUCUAGGCAGAAAGGGAAAAGUGUGAGAAGGCUGAGAGAGGAUUUGGAGUCUGGAGUUUGGUCUUUAUUCAAAAGAAGGAAGAAGUCAGUUCUGAGUGUUUCAGGAGAAAGACAGCAGGUACAGAGGGAAUUUACUGAUUCAGCCUCCAAGGGUCCAGUCAGAGCAGGUUGAAAAAGCCCUAAGAUUUGGCCAGAGAAACAGACAACCUGAGGAGAUAGCUACUUUCUGGGCUACAACCUGGAUCACCAGUAUGCUGGUAAUGAAUAGUUACUCAUUUACUUAGUGGAGACGGGAACUUGCUAGCAACAAACCAGUCUUUGAGUCUGGAGGCUCUGGCUCCAGAACAUUCCUCUGUCUCCCAGAUUACCAGCAGGUUUUGCCCACAUCCCUUUGUCUAAUCCAGAGCUAGCCUCUUAAAUUGCUUGAACUGGUUAGAGUUCAAGAGUAUUGGACAACCUAUUGACCAUAAUGGGUUGUCCAGUAAAUGACCCAUGACCCCCAAGCAUGUCUGGGAGGGAAGUUGCCUCAUUUUUUUUUCUGUUGACACCAGUCAUUCUGGAGUAUCUCUCCUGAUACCUGCGGUAACUUGGUCUGCUGAGCUGGCUGUGCAGGUGUGACUCAGAAGAGAGGGGGCCACACACACUCCUGCAUGGACAGGCCCUUUCAGUUUCCAUGGCCUGUCACCAGGCCACCUUUCCGGAAGCACCUACUUAGGAGAGAGAAGGGUAAACAGAGCCACCAUUCUUGGAUCUGCAACUUGUUCUCUGCAACAGGUUUUCUUGAAACCCAGGAUACAGUCUGGGGAAAGGGUUUCACUGACUGUUCCUGAGAGGUCUGCGGGAAGGUGACUUCUGAGUGAAGACGGGAGUGGCAGGUCCCUGGAGUGUGGUUUGGGGAGUGUGUGGUUGCCUAUGAACUGUUGGGUGUCUCUGGGGCCCCAGAGCUUUGGGGAGUCCUUCACAGGGCCCACUGAGCCCCUCACAGCUCCUGGUGGGCUCUGCAGGGUCCAGAGGAGGCUGUGCCCUCUUCUACCCAUAGCAGAGAAACUAAAGGCUAAGGCAGUGAAUUCAGUGCAGUCGAUUUGAGUGCUAAAACAUUUCCAGGAUCAAUGGUGGUGCUAAACUAUCUCCAUGUUUCUAAUAUUUUUAAUAGUGGGUUUGUUUUUUUUUUUUAAUUGUUCUCAUCACAAGAAUGCAGUGUCCUUGGGGAUGGGACGUAACCCCUUGGCCUGCCACUUUCCCGGUGUCCUUUAUCCUGUUGACGGGACUCUUUGGUCUGCAGAAAAUAUUCUGUCUUGGCAUGCUUCUAGACUGUAAGAUUUGGGUUGUUUUGUUUUGUAUUUUGUUUAUGUUUACAUCUUGUAUUUCCCUGAAAACUAAAUAAAGUUUUUGGCCUUUUUAACUGAA